ACCACAUAAAAGAGCUUGUAAUCAUCAACCAGAGAGUCAAAAGAGUUCUAUUAGCUUUUAUACAUCAAAAUGGUGAAGAUUGCGAUUGGAAGUUUGGGUGAUUCAUUUAGCGUCGCGUCACUAAAGGCUUACUUGUCUGAGUUUAUCGCAACUCUUCUCUUCGUCUUUGCUGGCGUUGGCUCUGCCCUUGCCUUUGGCAAACUAACAUCCGAUGCAGCCUUGGACCCGGCUGGUCUUGUCGCUGUGGCGGUGGCUCACGCAUUUGCUCUUUUCGUCGGUGUUUCCAUAGCCGCCAACAUCUCAGGUGGACACCUUAACCCCGCCGUGACACUAGGCCUCGCCGUCGGCGGCAACAUCACAAUCAUCACCGGUUUCUUCUACUGGAUUGCUCAGUGUCUUGGCUCCAUCGUCGCUUGUCUCCUCCUCGUCUUCGUUACCAAUGGCGAGAGCGUACCGACCCAUGGUGUAGCAGCCGGUUUAGGAGCGGUGGAAGGAAUAGUGAUGGAGAUUGUGGUGACUUUUGCUCUGGUCUACACAGUCUACGCCACGGCGGCUGAUCCAAAGAAGGGAUCGCUAGGGACCAUAGCUCCGAUUGCCAUUGGUUUCAUCGUUGGUGCUAACAUACUCGCCGCCGGUCCAUUCAGCGGUGGCUCUAUAAACCCGGCCAGGUCAUUUGGACCAGCUGUUGUCAGUGGUGACUUCUCUCAGAUAUGGAUCUACUGGGUGGGUCCACUCGUCGGUGGUGCACUCGCUGGACUUAUCUACGGUGACGUCUUCAUCGGAUCAUACGCUCCGGCUCCGACCACAGAAAGCUACCCUUGAUCAAUAUCCUCUACGGUUUUUACUCUGUUUGGUUUCUUGAGCCUCAGUAUCUGGCUAUCUGCUUUUGGUACUUGUGAAAUGUUUGGUCCAAUUUCUUCCGGUUAUGAAUGAUUGAAUGUGGAGAAAAACGAUCAAAGUUGUAUUUCCUUUGGUUAAUAAUAAGAAUUGUACAUU